AUGCUGCAACCUUUCACCCUUUCAACAAAAAAGCACAAAGUCUUCAAACGGCUUGCCGGAUUCCUGUCUUCAGGUCCGACAGCCUCUCUUCUCUUCCUACUCUCUUCCCUCUUCUCCCGUGAAACCGAAAAGCUGGAGCUGCCGUCGAUCUCGCAGGUCCACACCCGCGGUCCUGCUGACAUCCCCUGGUACAGUCACCACGCGGCCGAACGUCCGCUACUGUCGGGCGACAAGCUUCCCGCGCUCAGCCUGCCCACUGCCACCCAGGCGCCGUCCCGUUCUCUCUACCAGGACGUGUCUGGAAGCUCGGCCACAUCCAGUGACCGCAGCAGUCUGUCGGGUGUCUCUGCGGUCCAGGAACCCAGGAGCCCACCGCCUUCGGAUCUGGCAAACCAAGGCCUGGAUUCAGACUAUAACAUCGGCCACCAGGGUUAUUACCCCAGUCCGACUUCGCUCGGGAGCAUGAAUCAGACUCAUCCGUACAUGGAUGUACAUUCCCAUUUGUCGUCCGCUCAAUCAUACGCUUCGCAAGGUGCGACCGCCGGCGCCAUGUCGCAUUAUCCCUACCAUCAGCAACCUCCGGUGCUGCAGCCGGCUUCUUCAUAUGGUCCUGCCUACUCGCAGUACGGAUAUCCCAGCGGUAUCACUUCACCGCCGACCGGUCACCCACCGCCGGCAAGCUCCAUGGGAGGUCAGAUGAAUCCGCAGUUGCUACCAAUUCCAGUCUCCAACCACCCUGUUGCUCCUGCAGGUUACGGAAACAACACUGGUGCCCCAUUGCAAGGCUAUAUUUAUGAUCCCACCGGCCAGGUCGCUCCUCCGGGAGCUAAGCCUCGCGUCACAGCAACCCUUUGGGAGGACGAGGGCAGUCUCUGCUACCAGGUCGAGGCGAAGGGUGUUUGUGUGGCUCGCAGAGAAGAUAAUCACAUGAUCAACGGGACGAAAUUGCUCAAUGUUGCAGGAAUGACUCGCGGCCGCCGCGAUGGCAUUCUCAAGAGCGAGAAGCUUCGCCACGUGGUCAAGAUUGGCCCCAUGCACCUGAAGGGUGUUUGGAUUCCUUUUGAGCGCGCUUUGGAAUUUGCCAACAAGGAGAAAAUCACUGAUCUCUUGUAUCCGCUCUUUGUGCACAACAUCGGUGGCCUGCUGUACCACCCAGCCAACCAAAAUCGGACCAACUUGGUCGUGCAGGAAUCGCAGCAGCGCCGCAUGGAAGGUCCUCCGGCGGGCCCUCAUCGUACUCCGACUGCUCCUCAGUCUUCGGCACUGCAUCACCACGCCAUGCAGACCCCCAUGUCCUCGCACAUGUCCCAGCCUUCCUCUAUGGGACCGCGUCCGGGGAUUGAUCGAGCCAACACCUUCCCUACUCCCCCCGCGAGUGCAUCCAGCCUGAUGGGUGUGACCAACCAGGGAAGCUCCUACGAAUGGGGCGGCCAGGGCAUGAACUCGGGAGUCCCUCAUACACAGCCGUUGUCGAUUGACACUGCAUUGAGUAACCAGCGCUCGAUGCCGACAACUCCAGCCACUACUCCCCCCGGCAAUAACAUGCAGGGAAUGCCGCCGUACCAGGGCCAUACCGGAUAUGACAACUCCAAGCCGUACUACUCGGCUGCGCCUCAUUCCCACUCUCAGUAUGCUCCGCACACGCCAAUGACUCAGUCGGGCAUGUCCAGCUAUGGCCAACCUCUUCCCGCGGUCGGCUAUAUGAAGAACGAGAUGGCCCCUCCCACUGGCCGUGCUCCUGGCUCCGAGGCCGACACUCCAGAGUUGAAGUCUGAUCGUUAUUCCCAGGGCAAUGGUGCCAACGAGGCUGUCCAAGAACAGGAACCUGAAUAUCUGCAGGACCAGGGAUCCGCGUACGGCGCCAACCGCAACUCGUACACUUACACGACCAACCCGUCAGUUGGAUCUCUUGCCGGCGAGCACUCGCAAUUGACUCCUGAGAUGACCGGAUCCCCGCAGCAAAACGGCUCGGGCCGCAUGACGCCUCGCACAAGCGGUGGCCCGCCUCCUCACUGGGCUUCUGGAUACAACACUCCUCCUCGCCCUCCCGCGGCCACGACUCUGUACAACGCAGUUAGUGACACUCGUGGUACUCCCGCCAACGGAACAUCGGAUCCUUACUCCAUGGCCUCCACGUCGACCCCUGUGUACUCGACCACCGUCAACGGAUCCCUCGGCUCAGGCAGCAAGCGCAUGCGUGAAGACGACGACGUCAUCCGCCCUGAGAGCGCCGGCGAAUACGAAAGCAAGCGCCGCAAGACCAUCACUGACGCCACUCUCGGAGGUCCCAUCGGAGGUGCUCCUCUCCUCCAGCCCAUGAAAACCGGCGGUGUGAUGAGCCGCCGCCGGUGA